CUCGCGGGCGUCUCGCGCCUCACGCCUCGCGCGAUCAUCAAGCUCGGUGGAUCGGAUCAAGCUCACGCGUGUGGACGAGAUAAGUAUCUCGAGUGUGUCGUGUGAUCGAAGAGAAUUAUAUUUUUCAUUCAAAGAAAUAAGAGUAUUGAAAUGAAUGAGCGAAUAAAAUUUCGCUGUGAAACGACCAUCGCAACUAGCUUCUACGACACCUCGAUACACAUAUCUUUUUUCUUCUUUUUAAUCGUUAACUAAUUUCGCAAGGAACUUGGCAUGGCGUACACGAUGUAUGUACGAAGUCAUGUGUGAAACGAUGUAACAUAUUUGUUGUCAUUGCGCUUGUUGCAAACGUAUUACAGUAACGAUAGCUGUAAGUAUUGUAAUUAGCGCGCUAGCGCACUGGCGCAUCCAAGUCUUCCUAUCGAAUUCAGUAAUUGCAGUCGACAAUCGUUACCGCAGCCUAAAUUAGUAAUAAUUUUUGUAUUCAUAAGUAAAUUUGCGCGCGACAUGUCUGUUUAGAAAAGACAGAAUAUACUCGAUCAGUUUAACGUUACUUUCGCGCAUAAAUGCAUGCGCGAUUUCCGCGAUGCGCAAUUAUUUUAUCGUACUCGUACAUACUCGUUGCGCACGGCCGCUAGUAGACCGAGAGACCUGCAUACCGUUAAAUCUCAAACGCUAUACACUACCGUUUAUUUUGCCUCGAAUGAGUAAUAUUUCACACGCCUGAGUAUUCCAACCGACAUUCGUGAAUAGAUUCAAAUUUCACCUACUAUCUCUUACACACUCUCGAUAAAUCUUUCGUGAGAACGAUGCUGCUGCGGGAAAAAGGAGCUCUUAGAGCUGAUUCCUCGAUUUUCUCGAGAAAUCGCAAAUUAAAAUAUUACAUGCAAUUUUUACACGAUAUAUUUUUGAUUGUGAGAUACAAUAGUAUUUAUAUACGAAACAUUGCCACAAAUCUUAAUUCUUAGUCCUUAGAAGUCGCCUUUUCAAAUAACGUGAAACGCAUCGCGCACCUCUCGUCAUCAUCUUAAUGAAGUUCAAAACGUAAUGUAACGUUCAACCAUUCGAACGAUCGAGCAUCGAUGUUAGUUUCCCAAUAAAAAUGUGCAGUUCAACAGCUCAUAAAACGUACGCUUCUGCGCGCAGAUUCAUAUAGCCAUACAAGUAUAUCUCGUAGCAUUUGGUCGCAAAUGCGCUGUCGCACUGUCGCACACGAUUCUUAUUUUCUACUUGUGACUACUAAUAGAGAGUGCCACGGAGAAUGCUGUUUUCGCGUUAGCGAAAUAAAUCGAAAUAAAUUACCACAGAGAUUUUUAGCGCUAGAUGCGCGAUGUGAAAAUGGAUUCGUGAAUUUAUGCAGCAGCAGCGCCCGCGCCGCGCGGAGAAACCAAGUGAAAAUGAGUUUGCGCUGGAUUCACGAAAAUCUAGAAGCGCCAACGUGCGACGAAGAGUGCAGCGAUAUCGACGACAGUUGCAGCGACGACAGCUAUGACACGGAAUUGUCCCUUUCGGAGAAGGAGGAGAGGGACGAGGACGUGACGACGGAAAACGGAAAAGUGCAGGGUAUCGCUCGCGGUGGCCUGCGGAAAAAGAGGGAAACCAGAAGACCAGCAGCAGCAGCCGCCCGCCCGACCUCGACCGUCACCUUCCACGGAAACGGCGGAACGCCACGCAACAUUGAACGUAAAUCCAAAUCACGCGAGUAUUCACCUUACGUAAUAUGGGAUCCUCGACAGCCGGCGAAAAAUCCUAUCUACAAUUGCCGAAUAAUUAAGCUGUACUGCCGUACCGGGUAUCAUCUGGCAAUUACGCCGUCAGGACGGGUCGAAGGAUUAUCCGAAAACGAGGACUCACACGCUCUGCUUCACGCGACACCGGUAUCUUUCGGCGUUAUCAGAAUACAAAGUAUCGAAACGAGACUCUACUUGGCAUUCAACGAGAAGGGACGCUUGUACGGAGAGAUAAAUAUGACUAAAGACAAUACCGAAUGGGAACAAUGGAGCAUUGGUUCCUACGAUGCGUUCCGAUCGCGUAAAUACGUGCGAUAUGGCUGGUGGAUAGGAGUAAAGAAAAAUGGACGCGCAAAACCCGGGCCGAAAACAUUUUGGGGACAAAAAGCGAUACAAUUUUCGGCUAUCCAACAGGAUUGAUCGACUAUUCUGAAAACUCUCGAGAUACGGAUGGACAAUUUAUGGGGCCCACAUUUCUUAUCCCUGAUAUUUGUUAACUUUUUUUAGAAAGAAUUUUAGGAUAACGAUGAGCGAGUGGAGCUUUAUAAGCAGAGGUGACGUCUCGCGACAAGAAAUAAGGAAAUCGUUUGGGCGAGCAACCAAAAAUCAUCGAAACAGUAACGUUUCACAAUAGAAUAUAAUGUUUAUUAUAACACUGUGUCACUCAACAAUGAGAUAAUUUAGGAAUGUGCAUUCCGCUUGUGCCCUCAAACUGAAACUCUAUCGCAGUUUCUCAUUUGUAGCAGAUACAUAUUUAUUACUACUGUUGUUAUCAUUAUUAUUAUUAUUAUUAUUAUUGUUAUUAUUACGUUGACGUCGGAUCAAUGCGCUUACAAGCGAGACGAUUGCAUGUGUAACUUGAAUCGUUUCGUAAAUAUCUAAAUUUAUUCGAUCAUCUUGCUUAAAACGUAUAAACAAUAAUGUACGAACAUCAGUUUUUCAUAAUAUGUCAAUUAUAGCGUAUUGCACAUAGUGUCUUAUACAUUAUUUUGUUUUGUACGUCUACAAACAAUGCGUAUAUAUUAAUAGAUUAAAAUUUUAAGACAAGAAUUUUCUAUUAAAAAGCGAAUAUCUCGACAAAAAAAUAUAUACAUAUAUAAAACAUUUUAAUAUUCAAAUGUGUGUAUUUUGUGUGUAAACUUUUGAAGCACAGAAAUGUGAAAAGUAAAUGUAUAAAAAAAGAGAUGAAUUGGUAAUUAUAUAUAAAACAUUUAUUAAUUAAAGUUAACGACGUUGUAUGUCAAAUAAAAAAUUAAAAAAUA